AUGGCAGCACAACAGCAGUCCCUAGAAACGCUCCUAGGGAUUGCAAUUCAGCGCAAAUCGCUGAAACAGCAACUUGACUCUGCGUCUAUCAAUGUUGAAAUAGGGAGAACAGCCCUCGCUGACCUUCCAACGGUCCAUAUCGGCUGCAAGAGGUAUAUACCAGAAGAGUAUAUAGCAAACAAGAAUCGCAAAGGUCGGCGGAGUUGGAUUCAAGCCUACGGGCUCCUCCUCACUGAAGUCAGCCCUGAUUUGCGGACGUUGCAGACCUACUGGGUCUGCUCCAAAUGUGAUGAACACGGGAAGAGCUCGUUGUUCGUCGCGUCGAACACCACAUCUCCAAUUGAGCACCUGCGAAGGUCCCAUCUGAUCACUCAAACGGACCAAUCGCUGGGCAAUGCGGAGGACGAUUCCGCUUGCGCUGAUAUAUACCCUCCCUCGAAACGACGCUGCGUAGAGCUACCUACUGCACGGUGCAAUGUUAAUAAAGCCAAGGAGCUGACAGUCGGCUGGAUCGUCACUGCCAACCUUCCCUUCACAGCGCCAUCGAACCCUUACCUGCGAAGAAUCCUCGACCUGCACGAUGCAUCAUUGGCAAAGGAGGUGCCGUGGAGUCGGCAGUCAGUUCGCGAUACAAUACGGAAACUAUUUGAGCAUGAAAAGCUCGCUGUCGUCCAUGUCGCUGGAACCAAGGGCAAGGGAAGCACUGCAGCGUGGGUCGAAGUGUUUCUUCGAACAUACGGGCAGAGGAAUGGCAGGCUUAUCAAGACCGGACUAUACACGUCGCCCCAUCUGAUGGAGGUCAACGAGCGAAUCCGUAUCAACUUCGAACCACUCNGGGAUCGACCACGUCUUGCAACUGGGGCCGUCCAUCGAGAAUAUUGCAUGGCACAAGGCUGGUAUUUUCAAGACAGGCGCUGCGGCAUUUUCUGCACCACAGACAUCGGAAGUAUCGGCUGA